UCCUAAAAUGAAUUCGAUAUAGCUUUGACGUUUUUCUUUUUAUGCCUUGCCACCAAUUUUGAUUCAAAUUAUCAGCGACACCACAAUAUGCCGGAAUGUUUUUUUGUUUACUUUAGAUCAAAAGAUAACACUGGCCACCAAACUUUGAUUCAGCAGCAACAAUCAUAUCAUCAACAUGCCUGUUGCUGAUACAACCAAGCAAAGGGUCUUGGAAUGUUUAAACAUGGAGCUAGAGGCUGCUACAAAGGAACUACAAGAACUUGCUGAGAUGAGAGCUAAACGCGUUGAAGAUAUUAUGAGAAAUAGAUUGAAUAGUGUCAGUGUUAGUUUAUGGAAUGUGAAGAUUAAAGAUGUGUUGGACCUUGAAAGAAACCAAAGGUUGGAUUUGGAGACGCUAUUGGCUGAUAUGGAUAAAUUGAAACGAGACACAGUACGAUCAACUAGUCAAGAUUUGCAUCGAUUUAGUAGAUUCAGAGAUACAUCUUCACGAGGGUCAAGGACUGGUUCAACUACAAAUAUUAGCAAAACGCUGGAUCAUUAAAGGUAAAAUGGGUAUGUUACAUGUAAAUAUAAUGCUGAAAAAUAAUUAAUUAAUAAAUAAGUAAGUAAAUAAGUAUAAUAUAAAGAACGGAAAA